UCCCACUGCCAAACAAACUACAUAUAUUUGUUUUUGCUUUCUCUAUACCCAAUUUGAGAAAGCAAAAACAAACUCCAUGAACGGCAAAUAACCAAAUUAAAUUGUCUGUAUCUCUUACCUCAUAGCUCACCUUUGUGGCCAUCACAGUUAUAUAAAUUUGAUCAAAGUGUCCCAUUUCUCUCAUAACCUACAACACACAAUCACAAACACAUUCUUCAAAUCACAUUGCAAUGGCAUUCCCUCAUCUUUUCCUGGCCCUUUUCGUUCUUCAAGCUCUUGUUCUCUCCCCUCUGUCGAUCAAAGCCGCCCCAUCAAACCUCUUCCGCGAAUACAUUGGAGCCGAGUUCAACAAUAUCAAAUUCACAGAUGUCCCAAUUAACGCAAAUGUCGAAUUCCACUUCAUUCUCUCCUUUGCCAUAGACUACACCACCUCCUCUUCAGCCUCCCCCACCAACGGGAAGUUCGACGUGUUCUGGGACUCCGAUAAUCUCAGCCCCUCCCAAGUCUCUUCCAUCAAGAGUAAGCAUUCCAAUGUCAAAGUAGCUCUCAGCCUCGGAGGGGACAGCGUGGGCAAUGGCUUCGCCUACUUCGCCCCAUCCUCAGUCGACUCGUGGGUGUCCAAUGCCGUUUCAUCGCUCACAAGCAUCAUCAAACAGUACAAUUUGGAUGGCAUUGACAUUGACUAUGAGCACUUCCAUGCUGAUCCCAACACUUUCUCCGAAUGCAUUGGAAGGCUUAUCACAACACUAAAGAAAAAUGGUGUUAUUAAAUUUGCUUCCAUUGCUCCAUUCGAUGAUGAUCAAGUCCAGAGCCAUUACUUGGCUCUGUGGAAGAGCUAUGGCCAUCUCAUCGACUAUGUUAACUUCCAAUUUUAUGCGUACGAUAAGGGGACUAGUGUGUCUCAGUUUUUGAGUUACUUCAAGAGCCAGAGCUCGAACUAUAAUGGUGGAAAGGUGUUGGCGAGCUUUAUAAGCGACGGGAGUGGUGGUUUGUCGCCACAAAAUGGCUUCUUUACUGCCUGCAAUAGGCUCAAGAGUCAGAACCAACUCCAUGGAAUCUUUAUUUGGUCUGCAGAUGACUCUAAGUCCAAUGGAUUUCGCUAUGAGAAGCAAUCACAAGCUUUGUUGGCAUCCCACUAGAAUUUGCAAUGGCUUUGAAGCUUUUAAUAAUUGUAUUGACAAAAAACCAUUGUACUUGAAUAGAUUGUGAAACGCCUGUAUUACUGUAAUGUUUAUCUUUCAGAUUGUGUUCUGUUUGUAAGAAUAAUGUACCUUAAUAUAUAUUUAGUAGUUGUUUGUAGCUAA